AUUUGGACUUGGUGUUGAAGCAAAGGUCAAUGAGUAGUUUUCUUAAGCUUGUUUUUACUUAAUUAUAUAUGUUCUUAUUUACUCCAAAAUUUGUUUGUUGGUGAAUUAGAGCCGGAGGAAUUCUAGAUAAGGAAGGAGAUGCACGGGAGCUGCUAGUUGGAAAAGACACAAGCUUCUUAAGACAGACACCAAAACUGUCCAUAGGGCUGAUGUUGCAGAAGUCUGCAUUCAGGCAUUGCUAUUUGAGGAAGCCAAGAACAAAGCUUUCGAUCUUGGUUCAAAGCUAGAGGGAACAAUAAGGACAUUUGGGAUGCAAUGUAUCAAAUCUUCAAAAAACAAAUCUCGGGGGUCAAUUCGAAAGGCGCCCAUAAUAGGCGAAACAUAUAGAAGUUGUUGUUUUCUAUCACCCGCUUCGCUAUCGCCACAAGAACACAGACGGAGAGAGCGAUUUGCUCACUUCCGAUAUCGUUCGGAUUUUUCUUCUUCUUCAUCGUUCGGUGGAUUCUUUAUCUGAAGCAUCGAUGAUGUCGGUGAGGGCAAUCAAUGGUUGCUCCAUCUUUCGCACCGCCUCUUCCGGCGGUGGUCCUCCCGUCUCCUUACUUCGCCACCGUAUUCAGCGCCUCAGAGCAACUCAUCUCCGUGAAUUCUCAAAAUUAGGGUUAGAUUUUCCAUUACUUCGCAUUAAUAGGCGAUUUCUCGGGAAUAAUGGAGGUAGUGAUGCUACGAGCUGUUCAUCUUGCAUUCAUAGUCUAGUCGAAAGUGUUUCCGAAGAGCUCCAGUCCAUAAACAGGCGUAAGGGAAGCCGUACCAGAGUUCGUGCCAGUGUUAAGGUUAAAUUAACAAGCUAUGGAGAGGUUCUGGAGGAUAAGCUAGUAAACCAGGAACUAGAGGCCGGUUUGCUUCUGGAGUUUAAGAAGGACGCAGACAGAGUAUUGUUGGCAGUUUCUCAUAGACGUGAUGGCAAGAAGAACUGGAUGGUCUUUGAUCAGAAUGGUGUUACUUGUUCCAUCAAACCGCAGCAAAUUACGUACAUCGUUCCGGGUGUUUAUAAUUUUGACCAUACAGGAGUUACUGAUUUUCUCCAGAGGGCUCAGGAAAAUUUGGAUCCCCAACUGCUUGAGUUUGCUUGGAUCGAGUUACUUGAGAAGAACAAACCUGUAACGCCAGAAGAGUUAGCAGAGAUGAUAUAUGGUCGCUCAGAUUCUCUUGAAAGCUAUUGUGCUCAUUUUUUGUUAUCACAAGACGAGAUAUACUUUUCUGUCUUAGAGUCCAAAGGUUCUCGAUCAAUAUAUAGCCCCCGGCCUACUGAACAGGUGGAAGAGCUUUUACGCAGGCAACGCAUGAAGGAGGCAGAAGAAAAAGAGUUUCAGGAGUUUAUUCAGUUGUUGAAGUCUGCCAAGAAGGCGCCUAGUCACGCCAAGCCCCUCAAAUCUUCUUGGCUAGCUGAUGAUAAAGUGCAAGAUAAUAUACGCGCACUUGAAGCUUAUGCUAUUGAUGCAUGGGCAAGCACUGACCAGCGGAAAAUUGCCGGAACGAUCUUAAAGUCCAUGGGGUUACAGAAAACAUCUGUCUCGGCACUAAACCUUCUCAUAGAUAUUGGAUAUUUUCCUGUACAUGUCAAUCUUGAUCUGCUUAAGCUAAAUCUUCCAACCCACCACUCAGAAGCUAUCACUGAAGCUGCUGAAGUUCUUCUUUCAGAAUCAUCUGAUAUUGAUGCGGUUAGGAGGAUUGAUCUCACACACUUGAAGGUUUAUGCAAUUGAUGUUGAUGAGGCUGAUGAGCUUGACGAUGCCCUCAGUGCAACUAGAUUGCAGGAUGGACGGAUAAAGAUCUGGAUACAUGUUGCUGAUCCUGCUAGAUAUGUUACACCUGGGAGUAAAGUGGACAGAGAGGCACGCAGAAGGGGAACUUCUGUCUUUCUGCCUACGGCUACUUAUCCAAUGUUUCCAGAGAAGCUUGCCAUGGAAGGAAUGAGUUUAAGACAAGGAGAAAACUGCAAUGCUGUCUCUGUAUCUGUUGUCCUGCGUCCUGAUGGCUGUAUUGCAGAAUAUUCAGUAGAGAACUCAAUCAUCAGACCGACCUAUAUGUUGACAUAUGAAAGUGCUUCUGAGCUGCUUCACUUGAACCUAGAAGAAGAAGCUGAACUAAGAUUGCUGUCUGAGGCAGCUUUCAUUCGCUCUCAGUGGCGCAGUGAACAGGGUGCAGUGGACACAACUACUCUAGAAACUCGUAUCAAAGUGGUUAAUCCUGAGGAUCCAGAACCUUUGAUAAAUCUCUAUGUAGAAAAUCAAGCAGAACGAGCGAUGAGACUUGUCUUCGAAAUGAUGAUUCUUUGUGGGGAGGUUAUAGCAACGUUUGGGUCUCAGCAUAAUAUCCCAUUGCCAUAUAGAGGACAGCCACAGUCAAAUAUUGAUGUAUCUGCAUUUGCGCAUCUUCCAGAAGGACCCGUACGUUCGUCAUCCAUUGUCAAAGUAAUGCGUGCUGCAGAAAUGAAUUUUAGAUGUCCUGUUCGACAUGGAGUGCUUGGAAUUCCUGGUUACGUUCAGUUCACAUCUCCCAUUCGUCGAUACAUGGAUCUUACUGCACACUAUCAGAUUAAGGCUUUUCUUCGAGGAGGUGACAAUUUUCCAUUCUCGGCUGGUGAGUUAGAAGGUAUAGCAGCAUCUGUAAACAUGCAAAGCAAAGUGGUGAGGAAACUCUCAAACAGCAGUCUCCGCUAUUGGGUAAUAGAGUUUCUCAGAAGACAACAAAAGGGUAAAAAGUACACCGCAUUGAUCUUGAGAUUUGUCAAAGACCGGAUUGCAUCACUUUUGUUGGUUGAGGUGGGUUUUCAAGCAACUGCGUGGGUGUCAGAAGGCAAACAAGUGGGAGAUGAAAUCCAAGUUAAAGUAGAAGAAGCUCAUCCCCGCGACGAUCUUAUUCUUUUCAAAGAGGUUAUCUAAAGAAUUUAAAACACGUAGUUCCCGGGAAAUUCAUCAGAACUCGUUUCUCUAGUUAUGGAGAAGCCUGAAACUAAUAGAGAGCUUGUGUUUGCAAGAGAGGAAACUUGCUGAUGGACGCAGCCAGUGGUGACUCGAGCUAUGAUCUGCCUUAAGAGCUGAUCGCAUGGUAAUAUGGAUACGCGCUUUUAGGAUUCAUAGAAUUUUACAUCAUGUUGUUAUUGUUUAAGUCAAUAUAGGAAACUUGCUUUUGUUCUGUAGAGCAACUGAAAAAAAAAAGAAGGGAAUGUGAAUAUAGUAUUUCAUUGUCGAAUUUGAUCGAGCUAAUGUCUGAAACAGCGCUCGAAGGCCUUGAGAAAAGUAUUCACUUGAUAUAUUAAGAUGUUGAGAUUGUUUGUUUCUUCAAA